AUGCGUCUGUCGGUCGGUGUUAUUGCACCUGAGUUCUCCAAGGCCAACAACGUAGCAUUAAUUUCGCGUGUCAGCGCUUUUACAGGGUUCGUUGCACAUGGGACAUAGAACUGUCGGUCCUCCAGUAAACCUUUGGCUAUUUGAGGGCAGUCUGUCCUGUCCAGAACAAUUGUGGUGCGCCCCUUGUCCGCUGGCACGAUGACCAAGUCUUUGUCGGCCUUGAGUUCUCUAAGCGCAUCACUUUCCACCUAGGAAAGCACUUCCCGCGGCCUGUUGGCCUAUGUGAAUGACCCGCGUGGAUACUAAUUCCCAAAGUCGCAGGAAUAGAAUCACUCCUUUGUCGACACCGUGUCACGUGGUUCGCUCCGUGACAAACUACUCCGUAGCUGAACGAAAAUUGGCAACUUUUGGCGCUCACAAGGGUAGAAUGGUAGUUGGUAGCCCCGCCCACUGAUUCUCUAAUUGUACUUACUGGCUCGAUUUCAAGCUCUGUGAUUACGUUCUCAUUAUGUCUGUGAGUGCACGCGCAGAAGCCCUGUCAGGAUGACUUUCUUCUUCACUUUAACCGCCCCGAGAACGAAGCGCUGCAAAAAUGUCUAUAUAGACUCAUUGUAUUGCACCCCUACACGGAAAUCUUUAGUAAAGGGCGAAAGAUUUAUCCUAGGCGGAUUAUGAUUCAUCAUACUUCUAGUUGCAUGCGCGCACUGUGUUACCUGUAUCUGAUUUAUUUUAGAGGUACUAUCCUAGGCUGCAUACCACAGUACCCAGAUGUUACCUGAAGGCAUAACCAUCCGCGUGCUGUCGCAGUAUUUGUAAGUGCAUGACUUUUCGACAUCUACAUAAGACCCUACAGGUCAGUAGUCUUUUUUGCUGGAUAUACUGCACUAGGUAGGACGACUGGAUUAUUUCCAGGAUCCGCGAAUAAUCUGUCGGCCUAUGCGCUUGCGGUACUGCUUUCCUUCGCCUUCUAAGAGACUGGUCUCUGCAAGCAGAACAAAGUGUAGCUUCAUAUACAGAGUGCUAAUUCCUCUUUACAUUGUAUAGUACAUCAUUCAUGCAUAGCAAACAACUACUGCCAUAGUUUAAAUCCUAGAUGUGGCCACAGUGACAAUACACUAUUAUUUGCGGAUUUUCUCUUUCACCCAAACAUAUUUUUCGCAUUAAAGUCUUAUCCCGCUUGCGUUAUGCCGUCCUGCGUGCCGCUGCUUGACUCUCGUGUUCUCAUGUCCAUUCUGUUGGUUAGAGUACAAUCGCACAUACUGCGGAAUGACCUUAAGACACACUGCCUUCUUCCUAUUGGUUGUUCGCCUUCACUUGCUAUUCUUUCCAAUCUGGGGCAAGGAUGCAUUUAUUCCGCAUACCGUACCAAUUAUCCAUGCUUAUUUCUAUACUCUCCUUGCAUUUUUCACCUUAUUUAAAUUAGGCUUCCACUUUGCCAGGAACGUCAAUUCCAGGCUACCCUACAAGCGCCAUUUGCGCCUCCACUCAUCUGCCCCACCCGCAUAGCCCCUAUUACCACCGAUCCCGUAAGACAGGUAGCUGGGAGUUUUCGGUACCGGGAGGGCUACCAACUAUCAUCUAACCCUCAUAAGUGUACAGUACGCUUCAUUUUGACGGGCAACGAUGCAGUACUGUAGCAUAUCCGCUACUUCGAUAUCAAAGGGUCAACAAAUCUUGUCAAAAGCUGGUCCUCUGUGCGCAACUAGCGCGAAUGGUACCCCGACGACCUUACAGAAAGUACGCCUAAAGUGGUUAACCCCUCCUCCCCCUCAUUUGAAGCUCAUAUGUGACAGUCAGGUACCAACCCUGCUGUCACAUUGGUAAAUGCAGAGACAUGACGUUUUGGGAAGGGCCAUUUCACGGUAUUAAAAAACCUCACAAUUAGAGACUUAUUUAAAACUGAAUUAUAUCCUCGCAUAGAGUAUAAAAUUGGAGGAAGACGUAAUUUUCUACCGAAUGAGCAAGAGAAUGACUAUUUUUAUGCAUGUUUUCCGUGAAAUAUUAUUGGACUUUUAGGGCCAUCGAAAAUCAGUAAGAAAAUUGCAUGCGACUUAAGCAGUGAUUUUUACAGAGUAUAAUUUUUUGCUGCAACCGAAAAGAAGUUCUUUCAAAGGCCUGCGUCAAAUCAUUCUUUCGCCCAUUCGGUAGUAUAUUAAAUCUUCUUUCAAUUUUAUACUCGGAAAGACAUAAUUCGGUUUUAAAAAUGUUUUCACUUGUGAGGCGUUUUAUAUGAUGAAACUUCAUGUCUCUGCAUUUACCAAUGUGGCUUGUAAAGUUAAUAGUAUGGAUCAAAUUCACUGCCUAAUUUUAUUAACUCCAUAUGGUUUCCUCUCAAUACCGUAGAGAAAUAUGUGGUUUUACGUACGCGGAAAAUACAUGGUUUGUAGUUUGGGAACCCUGAAUGCAAGUGUGAUGGCAGAAAGGGCUUAAAAUUAUUCGGGAAUUGAAAAAGUUUUUGAAAACCGAAUAAUAUUCUUCCUUCGAGCAUAAAGUUGAAAGAAAACGUAAUUUUCUACCUAGUGAGCGGGAGAAUGAAUAUUUUGAUUCAUGUUUUCCAUGAAAUAUAACUGGACUUUUAGAGGCAUCGAAAAUCAAUGAGAAAAAUUCAUGCUACCUACGUAGUCUUUUUUUACAGAGUAUAGUUUUUGCAUGCAGCCGGAAGGAAGUUCAUUUGAAAGCGGGCAUCCUGAGUUGCACUGCAGACUGGUUUGUUUUACAACCUUACUUACUUAAUCUUUUCGAAACGAAAAUGCAUUUCGGAAUUUCGGUUGAUAUUUCAUGAGUUAGUCCACCUACUGUAGUUAAUAAUUCCGAUCGCAACCGACAUGACAACAGGGCAGAGGCUCAGUUAGUAGAGCGUUGGACGUAAUAACUUUCGGAUCGAAUCUCAGGUGCCCACGUAACCUGAGAUGGUUGACAGCACCUAAUAAACCAAAAAUGACCAUCCGGGUCUCCCUUGUCUUACUUAGUACUCUAUCCAUCUAUUUGCAUAUAAUAAUGUGUCAGAUUAGCAAAGUUGAGAGAUUCGGGUUGAUGAUUUGAAGGAAAAGAUGGGCUCACCGGAACGGGUUUAUUUAGGUGCUGAAGUUUCAAAGAGCUUGGACGGCACCCCAGUGUCGAGGCGUAAAAUGCACAUAAUCGACCAGAAAUUUCGAGUGACAUGUCGGGUUGGUCGGCCUCAUGCUGAUCUAUUCUUCUCUUCUCUCGCUGCCUCGAUCUCUCAAGGGAUGGUUGGCGGGCGUUUUAUCUGUGUGCUUUGUGAGUCGCCACUUCCUUGGGGGGGUGGGGGGUGACUGAACCUUCGUUGGGUGGUCUGUCCGAUGGUUCUUCUUCCUCGUCGAGUGGACUCGCCGUGGGGCUGUCUGUGUAUGGCCUUUUAAAGUCCAGUGUGGUUACUUGGUCUCGAGCUCUACGGAUGUGAUGACUUAGGACUCUGUAGGCUGCAGGAAGGUCCAGAUGCCUGUGGAUGGAGUUGGCAUCGGGGUACCAAGCCUCAAGUGUUAGUCGUUCUGUUUUUGUGUUGCCCCGGCCUAAGAUGGUAGCUCCUUAAUGCUCGAAAGUACGCCCAGUUUCUCAAAAGUGCGUUAUUAGUUGAGAGUUUGGAUCUAGUUUCCAAGUCGCUUAUUUGUGCUCUUGUAGGUGGGUCUGCAAUUUCCGCCCGGUUUCCUCAACAUAGUUGCAGUCGCCCUCAUUGCAACGUUUUUUGAAUACAAAUCCUGGGAUGUCAGCAGGUGGCUUUUUAAGGCCCGGAAAUGCCCGUUCAUAAAACAUCGUGUCUCUGCAUUUACUAAUGUUGCUUGUAAAGUUUACAAUAUGCUCAAAUUUACCGAUAAAUUUUACGAACCCCCUAUAUGGUCUCCUCUUAAUACUGUAGAGAAAUAUGUGAUUUUCCGUAACCUGAAAAUAUUAAGCUUGUAGUUUUAAAACCCUGAAUUCAAGUAUAACGGCUUGUCGGUUUCAGAAUCAUUCGGGAAUUGGAAAAGUAUUUGGAAACCGAAUUAUACCCUUCUUUAAAGCAUAAAAUUUGGAAAAGACGUAAUUUUCUACCGGAUGAAUAAAGCAAUGAAAAUUUAUAUGCGUGUUUUCCUUGAAAUAUAUUUGAAUUCAUAAGGGCAUCAAAAAACAGUGAGAAAAUUUCAUGUAACUGAAGUAGUCAUUUUUAUCUAGUGCAAUCGACGCAGGCAAUCGAAAAGAAGUUGUUUCGAAAGCCGGCAUCCUGAAGUAAUUGAAUUAUUAUUGGGUUAUGCUGCACGGUUACUAAUAUUACAACUCUACCUAAAUAAUCUUUUUGAGUUGAAGACGCAUUUCAGAAUUUCGGUCAACAUUUCAUGAGUUAGCACAUCUAAUCUAGGUGCACUUCAAAAAACAAAACUAGUUGAAGAGCGUAGGCGAAAAUUAAGGUCUAAAAUUGGAGUGAUUAUACAUGGAAAGGCAGGUAACAUGACCCAGCAGGUAGUGAGGAAUCACAUGAAAAAGUGCUGUUACAGCGACCAAAGCCCCUCAGACCGCGUUCCGAGAAGGUGGAAUUUUGUAUGCUGUACAGAAUAGAGGCCUGCGAGUUUCUUUAGAACUUGUUUUCUUCCGUGUAGGAGUUUGUCAGUCCGUUUGGAAUGGCCUCGAUUUGCCGAACACCGACAAAUCCUCAGUGUCAGAUGAGAGCACGGCCGUUGGAGUCUUAGAGGCAGGCGUGUAUCGGUCAGAGACUUCCCGUUUGCAUCAAACGUCGUCAGUGGGUUUGAUACAUUAAUGUGCCCUUGGCCGCGGAAUGGUGCCCCCCCCCUCCCAUUUAAAAGACCUCGGCAUCCAACACAAGUGCUAUGCAUCUGACAUCAGCAUCAAGUAGAUGGAGUUCGGAGUACGUACGAACAGGCAUCGUCAACGCCGAGACAAACGUGACGAUUAGAACGAGUGGGCGUAGAUUGAGGGGGAGGGGGGAGGUAUGGAUGACCACGGGGCUCACGGUGUUGGUAAUGAACGCAUUUUUGGACCGAUGCGCUCCCAUGCACUUGCCCCCCUCGGCCACCCACAAUGAGCAACCGUGAUUGACAGAGCGAAGUGGACUGACUCGUUUUUGGACAAAAGACCUGGGAUAGUCAAGACAGUGGUGAGUACGCAACCAGAAAACGAUCAUUCACAGCCUCGACAGUUCGCAACUGCCAGUUAGGAGUCUCCACUCGAGAUAAGUUGUCACAGCACUACCGUUGGCGGGUUCAAUAGCGGCACUUGAACACACUCAAAGUCUCGAUGCAUUCUGACCAGGUGGACAUUACUGGGUACUGCCUCCUCCUCAAGGGGCUGCGGCGGAGGGGAGUUUAAGACGAACAGCGAUGAUAAUGAUGAUGACGACGACGACGACGACGACGACGAUGAUGAUGAUGAUGAUGAUGAUGAUGAUGAUGAUGAUGAUGAUGAUGAUGAUGAUGAUGAUGAUGAUGAUGAUGAUGAUGAUGAUGAUGAUGAUGAUGAUGAUGAUGAUGAUGAUGAUGAUGAUGAUGAUGCGGGAAGCAGCACUGGUCCCCAAACCUGCUGCAGAUGUCCCACCUGCCAUUGUCUUUUAACGCGGAAGGUGCUCGAGUGGACUGAUUUCGGUAGGGCCGAUAGCAAGGAUACAAUAAAGAUAUUGGACUACCUAACACAUUAG